AUGGCUUCCCAACACGCCCAGCACGAAGACUCCCCGCCCGCGGAUAAAGACCAACAACUCCAGCCGCAGCAACAGCAGCAACAGCAGCAACAGCAGCAACAGCAGCAACAGCAGCAACAGCAGCAACAGCAGCAUCAACAGCAUCAACAGCAUCAGCAGCAUCAGCAGCAAGAGCAACAGCGAAUUCCAUCAGCCAUGGCGGCUGCCACGGAACACCGGCUUCACCCCCAGCACGGGCAGCUGCAACAGGCCGUUCGCUUUGCCUCUGUAAACCAAGAAAUAGAACCAACCUCCUCCGAUCAAGAAAGCACCAGACCCUCUGAUCCGCAUUCACUCGAAUCGAAACGUGACCUGGAAUCCCUCACAAUGCGGCUCCAGAGGUCCAGGCUACAGGAGACCCGGCUGCAGAACUUCGCUUUUGACCCGGUUUCCCUUCCAGCAUCAAGAGUACCAUCAAAAGCGUCUAGUAGUGUUCACAGCUUCCGGGAUCCACAUAGAUCAGGUGUGCCGUCACCAAGUGUAUCAGGACCUCAAUCACCAGCUCUCACCCCUACAGGAUCUGGAGGCCGGGAGGGAAAGAAGGGAGACCAAAGGUACUUUAGAGAUGGGAUUGGAACAGCAGAACAGUUGUUGGAGUUUACCCCACAAACAUCCCUAUCAAACGAGGCCUCUGGAAAAGGUUACGAUUCUGCAGGAGCUGGAAACCGUCCGUCCACCGGCUCAGACCCCUUCUCGAGCAGACACCCUAACCACACGCCUCAAGCGGAUGGCACUAGAAAACCAAGGGCCCGCAAACCGAAGUUCUACCUCGCCCAGUCCUCUGACACCGGUUUGCGGGAGUCAAGCCCGCCUCUACCCCAAAAGCCUGAUCAGGCCUGGAGCACCUCAGGUUCAGGCGCGGUUACCCCAAGUGGAGAUGAAAACGACCCAUAUUCUCGAACCCGCAGAUCCCCCCAACCUAAGAACCUGGCCCAGAUCGAUCCGCGUUUUGUUUUUGCUAGUGUAGAUUCCAAACGCCGGGCUAAUCAAUCGCGAUCUCCCGGACCCAUUCCUCGAUCAGCCAGCGGGGGUGAUCUAAAAUCUGUAGAGAGACGAAGUGGUUUCUUCACUGGGAGAAAGGAGAAUCGAUUUAACGACUCUGGCGGGACCCAUGAAGGGAAAAGCCAGGGAUCCAUGUCAGAAUUGAAGCGCUUUCUCCGGAUGGGCCAUAAACAUAAAAGUGGCGGUUCGACUGCUACCGCGUGUUCGAAGAAAGAAUCUGUAAAAACAACAAAACAUCAUCAAUUCCAGCAGUCACAAGUUAGCGUCCCUUUUGCUGAUGAUCAUGGCCUCCAGUCCAAGUAUGGCAAGUUGGGUAGAGUCUUGGGUUCUGGGGCUGGCGGUUCGGUUAGGCUGCUGAAGCGCAAUUCUGAUGGCGUCACAUUUGCCGUCAAACAGUUUCGAGAUCGGCAUUCAUGGGAAACUGAAAAGGAUUAUUCGAAAAAAGUUACGGCAGAGUUUUGUAUUGGGUCAACACUGCAUCACGACAAUAUCAUUGAGACCAUGGAUAUCAUCCACGAAGGUGGACGUUGGUUUGAGGUCAUGGAGUACGCUCCGUUUGAUCUCUUUGCCAUUGUCAUGACGGGGAGGAUGACGAGGGAGGAAAUUGCCUGCACCUUUUUACAGAUACUCAGCGGGGUAGCUUAUCUGCAUGGGGUUGGUUUGGCGCAUCGCGACCUGAAACUGGAUAAUGUUGUUGUCAGUGAGCGCGGGAUUAUGAAGCUGAUAGAUUUUGGAAGUGCUGUUGUUUUCAGAUACCCAUUCGAGAGCGAUAUUGUCCUCGCAUCUGGAGUUGUCGGGUCCGACCCGUACUUGGCACCCGAAGUAUACGAUGAGAAACGCUACGAUCCCCGACCUACGGAUAUAUGGUCAUUGGCGAUUAUUUUCUGUUGCAUGUCCCUGCGUCGAUUCCCAUGGAAGCAGCCACGCAUGACCGACAAUUCCUUCAAAUUAUUCGCCUCACCUCCUACUCCUCAAAACUCCGACGCUGAGUCCAAAGCUUUGUUAAAACCACGCCCAAGUUCCACACCUAAUCUCCAAAGCGCUGCUCAAGCUGCCCUGAGGCAACCCAUCCGUGGUGACAGCGACAUAAAAACCAGCGCACGUUCACCGAAUCACCAUCGCCAUCACUCGCGCGGCUCUGCCUCCAAUAAGGUCGACGGGAAUGCCAAAAACGACCCACAUCCACCGAAAGAUGCGUCCCCCCCAACACAGUCAUCGUCGCAGGCAGGACAGACAGGACAGCGUCAAGAAGUUAUAAAGGGACCCUGGCGCCUUCUGCGCAUUUUGCCACGGGAAUCACGACCGCUGAUUGCCCACAUGCUGAAGAUCAACCCGCGAGAGCGGGCAAAAUUGGAAGAUGUAUUGGCAGACGACUGGGUUCGAAGCUGCCAGGUGUGCUUCCAGAGGGAGGAUGGCACUGUGGUCAAUGCGAAAAACCAUACCCAUGUAUUGGAGCCGCCGUCAUCGGCUCCUACGACUGCCAAGGACAAAAAUGACAAUAAAUCUUAA